AUGACAGGGAAGAAACCAACAAACAACAAGAAUCUCGAGGCCUCGGACAAAGAAGCAGCUUCAUCUGCUGCCCUAUCACCAAGGGCUUCGACGAGACAUGUGCAGUCCAUUGAAGCAUCCAUUGGUGGUAUUCAUCGACUCCUGGAAAGAAUGUCAAUCCAGAUGGAAGAGAUAGCAGAGAGUGUGGCAUUGGGUCAACAACUAAGAGAGCAAGAUAAUGGAAGACAAUUUGCUAACGCUCUAAUGGAUAAAUUAUGUGAGAAGUUUAACUUCAAGCAGUAUAAGUCUUCUAUGUACAAUGUAGCAGCAAAUGGAUUGGAUUAUCGAACCACUCAUCGUACUCCUAUGGGAGUCAUGCCAUAUUCUCUUACUUAUGGAGUGGAAGCUAUUCUCCCGUUAGAGAGAGAGAUUCCAUCACUAAGGAUGACAGUCCAAAAAGGGUUGACUACUGAAGACAAUGCUAAGUUAUGCCUUCAAGAGUUAGAAGCAGAUGAUGAAAAUAGACUCACGGCACAACGGGCAUUGGAAUGUUAUCAAGCACGAAUGUCCAAAGUUUUUUAUAAGCAUGUGAAGCCUCGGUCAUUUCAGGUUGACGAUCUGGUACUUGCUGUAAGAAGACCUAUUAUCACAGCGAGACCUACCGGGAAUAAGUUCACGCCUAAAUAG